AUGACCCCACCCGCGACACACCUUCAAGUCACCGCCCUUCUAUGUGCCAACUUCUACUUCGGAUUCUUCCGCAUUUACUUCCUUCCCUUCUCUUCAUGCUUCAUUGAUUUCAACGGCCAAACUUAUUCCGUACCUACUCUGUACAUCGGGAUUGAUGCACGCUUGUCCGUGAUGUCCAGUCAAUCAUUGUCACCGUCACUGGGCCGACGCUCCUCUGUGCCACGCACAAGGGUGUCGCGUGCUUGCGUCGCAUGCCGACAGAAGAAGCAGAAGUGUGACGGUCGCACUUCUUCCUGCAAUAACUGUCUCAGAGCAAACCGCGCAUGUAUCAGUCAGGAUCCAGCCACCAAACGGCCACAUCCUCGUGGGUACCUGGAAUCCCUCGAGCAGCACAAUUCGUUACUGGAGCAGCACAAUUCCUUACUUGAGGACCGUGUCACUUGCCUCGAACGGAAGGUUCGAGAACUCCAACCAGACGCAGACAUAGACCUAUUGGAAACCAGCCCAGCCGAAGACGGCGGUGACGCUCGAGAUGAUGCUCGUUCGGCACGCGACAUGUGCAGCCCUGGCAGCCCUGCCGAUGCAGGCUCUGGAGAGGGUAUCAACAUCGAUAGCCCCCCGGAUCUCUCGAGCUUGGAACUACUAUGUCUGCGCGCGGCCGGCGCGGAACCUCAUUACUUUGGGGCUUCAUCUGCCUACUCUUUUACCAAGAUGUUUUCCGCCUCUCUCCGGGCGGUGCGCGCACAAGGGCCCGGUAUGACCAUGUCUGGAAUCGCGGAUAGUACGGUUCAAGCCCGUGCAAAAGCGACCCCGGCUCCUCUGCCUGGCAGAGCUUACACCAGCAUGUUGACAUCGGCCUACUUUGAGCAAGUCCAUCCGCAGUUCCCAUUUCUCCACCAACCGACUUACCUACAGUGGGAGGAAGAAGUCAUGACAGCCUGCGAGAGCGGUUAUACUCCUAACCCAACGAAAGCAUUCUUUGUCUUUGCGUUGUGCGCAGUAGGAGUCCUGACCGGGCCACUGGCUGGCGGGUCGCUUUCCGAGGGCUUGUACGCAUCGGCGGAGAAUUUGUUUGAGCAUGUCAUGCAGCUCAACACUCUUGAAUCCAUACAGGCCAUUCUAUGUUGUGCCAUGUAUUCGAUCCGAUCCCCGGUGGGCGUGUCAUUAUGGAUGCUCUCUGGGCUUGCUCUUCGACAAUGUACCGAGUUAGGCCUCCAUCGAAAGAUGCCUUGGGACAAACUCGAUUCCGAUGUCUUGAAGACACAGAUCAGAAGGCGCGUGUUUUGGUGCUGUUACAACCUAGAUCGGGCCAUGUCCAUCACUCUCGGACGGCCACAGAGCAUUACGGAUGGCGAUAUUGACGUCGAGUUUCCCCUUGACAUUGACGAUGAGAACAUCACGGCGUCGGGCCUGUUGAGUGAACCAAGGAUGUCCAAUACCGAUGCAAGCACCACCAUGUCCGGCGCGAUUCAUACACUCCGCCUCCGACGGAUUUGGGCCCGCAUGCAAUGUUCAAUCUAUCCCCAAGUCGGCGCCGAGGUCACAAUAACACCGGAUUUGCUGAUCGACGAUUUCAGGCGUGAGCUCGGCGAGUGGCUCGAAGCUUCUCCGUUUCAACUCUCGUCGAAUCGCAAACACAACAAUAGUUUCGGCGCCCGAAUAUGGUUUGACGUUAUGUAUCACCACUCCAUCCUUCUCCUCCACCGCUACCGUCUGAUGAACUCUCGGAGCAGUGUUCCCUCCGCGACAUACCUGGAGUGUGCUCAAUCGGCGGCGCAACUUUGCAAUGGUUAUCGACAAUUGUACGUGAGCAACCGUCUCAAUGACACCUGGGGAGGACUGCACAACUUAUUCCUCGGCGGGCUGACGUUCCUGUGCUGCUUGUGGUCGAGUCCCGAAGUGAGGACACAGUUCCGCGUGGACAAGGUGACCACGACCUGCACGGGGACUUCUGUCGUUUUAGCCAUCAUGGCCGAACGGUGGGCGGCGGCUGGGCCGUACCGGGAUGCUUUUGACAUGCUUACUGAAGCGACCUUGACCAUGGUGGCCGAGUCGGGCACGACAUCCACUGAACCGACUUUUCCGGUCUUGUCGUGUUCAGCCAACGGCCAGUUUUCCGGCUACUUGUCGCACAUGGCCGAGGUCGGGAUUGGUGCUUCCGUAGAGGAACUCCUAUCGAGUAUGUUGGAGUUCUAGUAUCAGCAUUGCCGCACCAAGUUAGUCCUGGCACCGGUCAGUGGGCAGUGGCACAUCGUCGUGUGGGAGCACAUAUCCCUUCUCAUCCACAUUCACUUGGUGCACG